AUUCAAUAUACUAAAGUAUAGCCAUACCAAUUUCUUGUAUACUUUAUUAUUUCUCUCUUAUUUAGUUGGAAACAUAAUUGAAUGUUAAUUCAACAUUAUUAAUUUAAUUUGUUUUUCUAAUAUUUAUUCAAUUACACUAAUCUUCUGCGUUUUUCAUUACUAUUGACAUUGUUCUACUUUUAUCAAAUGAAAUUAGCUAUUAUUUAGUAUUCUGUGUUUGGUAUUGAAAAUAGUCAGUUUAAUGAAAAGAAGACAAAUAAAACAAAAAAAUUAUUUUCAGAAAGAGAAAAACCGUUUGAGGUGAAUGACCUUACAAGAAGAGUAAAAUCGGGUUGUUUUCUCAGUAAGAAGAACAUAGAAACAAUAUUAAUUUAUUUAAAAGAAUAAUAAAAAAGAGAAAAAACAUGGAACCCCAAUCAGGUCAUUACAUAUUCAGAUCAUCAAUGGCAAGUGACGAUUCAGAAGACAUUCUUUCAUCAUCUUCUCUUUCACAAGACCCUAUUGACACUAAAGACCAAAAUCAAGAUUUUAAUAAUGUAGUUCCUGUUAAAGCUGAAAUGUCUUUAUACUUUGAUCCUGCAGGUGAAAAAAAUGGUGUAGAAUAUAUGACUUGUAAAGCCUGCCAAGAAGCUCAUACCCGUGGCGAAUUGUCGCGCGUAAUGAAAAUAAAAAAUAAACAAGAAAAUCUUAGAAAACAUCUUAAGGGAUGUAAAUUCUUUUGUGCUGAACAUGGGCUUGAGGCAGUUGCAAAACCACAAAGGUCUAAAGCCACUUCAUCAUUAAUCAGAACAGGAGAUGAAACUGGGCAACCAGUUAAAUUUCAUAACCCACCUGAAGGAUGUAAAAUGAUGCAAGUCAAAUAUUCACGAAGGAUAGAAACAUUUGAUAUAACACCAGGAACAACUGCGGCACAAAUUGUAAAAGACCUUAAAAUAGUUUUUGGAAUUGAAGAUGACUUAAAGUGUUAUUUAAGAAAAGAAAGUGAUAAAAAAAUAUUACUUGCAACGUGUGAUGUGUUAAAAUUACUUGAAAAUGGAGAUGUUUAUCGAUUAGAAUUUGUUCGAUAAAUAAAAAUGAUGUUCUUUUCGGUUUUUUCAAUUGAAUUUUUAUUUUUCCUUUCAUA